CCUAAAACGUCUGGAAAACACCUGCCUUUCUAGCAAAUACUGUCUUCAUUUUUUUUUAACAUUUUCUACCUUUUGUACUCCGCGUGGCUUUGACGAUACUUAACUUUUUUUGUGAAUAUACAGCAAAAUGCAAAGCGAUAAAGACGAAUCCAACCGCCACAUGGGCAUCACCUGCUGUGGCUGCCAACGUAACAAUUUUCCGGGUCGCCGGUUCCACUGCCUGUCCUGUUUGGAUGAGUUCAACCUGUGCAACGGCUGCUAUGCCCUCGACGUGACCACCGAGGCACACAAGUUUGACCACGCGAUGCGCUGCAUCCUCACUCCAGCCAGCAUGGCUCUGUUCUACACGGAAGCGGAGGUGCAGUCCGGAAAAUAUCCGACGCUUAUUCGCUGUCCCUACUGCAAGAUAAACAAUUUCAACUUGGAGGAAUUCGAGCAGCACUUGGAGGAGCUGCACCCUAGCGCAGAUCCCCAGUUGUUGUCCUGCUACAAGCUAAAUGCUUAGGGGACCCAAAAUAGCUUUCUCAGAAGUCAAUUGCCGAGAAUAAUGGCUCCUUUUAGGGCUUCUGUUUAUUGGUAAUAGAACCCCACAAAUGUUAAUGGGACGUUCGUUAAUAUUGAUUACUUGUAUAAGCAGCCGUGGCACUCCAAUAAAUAUACAUAGGUUUU